AUGGACUUCCAAGCUCAAUCCGGAGGCGCCGGCGGCCGUGGCUGCUACAACUGCGGCGACCCUGCCCAUCGUGCGGCCGACUGCCCCAGCAAGGGCAACCCAACCUGCUACAACUGCGGCGACAAGGGCCACUUGAGCCGCGAGUGCACCGCUCCCCAGGCCGAGAAGAGCUGCUACCGCUGCGGCGAGACCGGCCACAUCAGCCGUGAGUGCACCAAGGAUGGCGGUGCUCCCAUGGGAGGCCAGGGCGGCGGUCAGGAGUGUUACAAGUGUGGCCAGCGGGGUCACAUCGCUAGGAACUGCACUCAGGGUGCCGCGGCCGGUGGCUACGGCGGCGGUUACCAGCGUGGAGGAUACGGCGGUGGCGGCGGUGGAUUCGGCGGUCCUAGGCAGACCACCUGCUACUCGUGCGGUGGUUUCGGCCACAUGAGCCGUGACUGCACCCAGGGCCAGAAGUGCUACAACUGCGGUGAGGUCGGCCACUUGUCGCGCGACUGCCCCUCCGAGACCACCUCCGAGCGUGUCUGCUACCGCUGCAAGCAGCCCGGCCACGUCCAGAACGCCUGCCCCAACUAG